GGGAGGGUAGAAAAGAAUAGACAACAGGAAUGCUAAAAGAAAUAGAAGAUAUAGCCCCACUUAAAUGAGCUUGAAGCUUAGGUGUUAGAAUUCAAGAUCCACUAUAUCAAAACAUGGAAUUUCAUCAGCAACUGGAAAUGAAGGCUUUUUAAAGCAAAAUUAAAAUCUAUUUCAAUUUGACAAGCAUUUGUUGAGACUCCACUAUGUGGCUACCAUAAUCCUAGACUGUGAAGAAUACGUGAUAGGGUGUCCUUGAAGAAACUUAAAAAAAAAAAAAAAUUAAAGAUAGACUUUAAUAAUCAAGUGCUAAAAAGGGACAUGAAGAAGAGAUCUAUGGAGAGCAGAGUCUUUGGGAAAAACCUAUGGAGAGGAAAGGUUGAUUAACAAAUGAAAGCUUUCCAGACAGGGAAGACAAUUUGAAGCAUGGCUUUGGAGCAGGUAACAUCUAAAGGAACUGGUUUAAACCCUAAUGCCAAAGUAUGGCAGGAAAUUCCUUCAGGAAAUGCCGAUGCCACUCCAGUAACUCAUGGAACUGAAAGCUCUUGGCAUGAAACAGCAGCCACAUCGGGGUCUCAUCCUGAGGGUAAUACAGAGCUUUCAGAUGAUAUGUGUAAGGAAUAUGAAGUAAUGUAUUCAUCUUGUGAAACUACAAGAAAUUCUUCAGGCAUUGAAGAAUCAACUGAUGGAUUGAUUUUAGGGCCAGAAGAUCUGAAUUACCAAAUAUAUGAUGUUUCUGGAGAGAACAAUUCAGCAAUUUCUACAGAAGAACUAAAAGAAUGUCUGAAGAAACAAUUAGAAUUCUGUUUCUCAAGAGAAAAUUUAUCGAAGGAUCUCUAUUUGAUAUCGCAAAUGGACAGUGAUCAGUUCAUCCCAAUUUGGACAGUUGCCAACAUGGAAGAAAUUAAAAAACUGACAACAGACCCGGAUCUAAUUCUUGAAGUGUUAAGAUCCUCUCCUAUGGUACAAGUUGAUGAGAAGGGCGAGAAAGUGAGACCAAGUCAUAAACGUUGUAUUGUUAUUCUUAGAGAGAUUCCUGAAACAACACCAAUAGAGGAAGUAAAAGCUUUGUUCAAAAAUGAAAACUGUCCCAAGGUGAUAAGUUGUGAGUUUGCACACAAUAGUAACUGGUAUAUCACUUUCCAAACAGAUACAGAUGCACAACAGGCUUUUAAAUACUUACGAGAAGAAGUUAAAACAUUUCAGGGCAAGCCAAUCAUGGCAAGGAUAAAAGCCAUCAAUACGUUUUUUGCUAAGAACGGUUAUCGUUUAAUGGAUUCUAGUAUAUAUAGUCAACCCAUUCAAACUCAAGCACAGUAUGCUUCACCAGUCUUCAUGCAGCCUGUGUAUAAUCCUCACCAACAGUACUCUGUGUAUAGUAUUGUGCCUCAGGCGUGGUCUCCAAAUCCUGCACCUUACUUCGAAACACCACUGGCUCCCUUUCCCAAUGGUAGUUUUGUGAAUGGCUUUAAUUCACCAGGAUCUUAUAAAGCAAAUGCUGCUGCUGUGAAUAUGGGUAGACCAUUCCCAAAAAAUCGUGAUUUUCUCUUGCCAGAUCUCAUUCUCCCAGUUGAUUCUUUUUGGCAAGGAGACCACAUGGGUGUGAAGCCUCAUUUUAGGUCAUCCAGUGGUUCAGAACACUCAACUGAGGGCUCUGUGUCAUUGGGGGAUGGACCAUUAACCAGAUCUGGUUCAAGGAACUUCCCAACCGAACGACAUAACUCCACAGUAACGGGGCAUCAGGAACAAAACUACCUUCCAAAAGAGACCCCAACUUUGCAAAUGGAGCAGAAUGGGGACUAUGGUAGGGGCAGGAGAACUCUCUUCAGAGGUCGGAGACGGCGAGAAGAUGACAGGAUCCCAAGACCCCAUCUAUCAGCAGCUGAAGCAAAAGCUCCAACACCAAAGUUUGACUUAUUAGCCUCAAAUUUUCCUCCCUUACCUGGAAGUUCAUCAAAAAUAGCAGGUGAACUUGUUUUGGAGAGUAGGAUGUCUGAUGUUGUUAAAGGUGUCUUCAAAGAAAAGGACAACGAAGAGUUAAGAGUUAAUUGCUCGCUGCCUGCAGAGAAUGAACAUACAGACUGCAUCUCUGCCCAGCAACUCAAGAUGAGUACUAGUCCUCCAUGUACAUCUGAGCUUCCUGCAUUAAGUACAACUCAGCAAAAGGAUCUAAUAGAGGAUUCCAUUGUUCAGAAGGAUGUUCUCAGCCAGACAACUAUACCAGCCUCUUCCUCAAAUACUGCAAAGCCAUCAAGGACAAAUGCUGCUUCUCCAUGUAAUAGUAACAUAAGUGCAGCUGUAACUGUGGCCCUGCAGGAACCCCGAAAGUUAAGUUAUGCAGAAGUGUGUCAGAAGCCCCCUAAAGAGCCAACUCCAGUUCUUGUGCAGCCACUACGAGAACUUCGCUCCAACGUUGUAUCUCCCACCAAAAAUGAAGAAAAUGGAGCUCCAGAGAAGUCCAUUGAAAAAACACAUGAGAAGCCAGAAGCAAGGGCUAGUAAGGAUUAUUCUGGCUUUCGAGGCAAUACCAUUCCCAGGGGAGCAGCUGGAAAAAUCAGGGAACAGAGACGCCAGUUUGGCCAUAGGGCUAUACCUCAGGGAGUGACUCGACGUAAUGGCAAAGAGCAGUAUGUGCCACCCAGAUCACCAAAGUAAAAAGAAAAGAAAAGAAAAGAAAAAAACUAUUCAAAAACUCUCUCUUCCCAUUAAACUUGAGCCGUGGCUAUAUUGAACUAUUUUGGAGGGGAGUGGGUAGCCAGGAAGGAAACAGGAGAAAAAGUACAUCCUUAAAUCAUUAUGGAUUUUGGAGUUGUGAGCAGUAGAAUCCCAAAAUUCAUCUCUAAAGUGAUUUUAAAAUGCUGGAGGAUUCCAAUCAGUAUAAAUAUAAAUAUAUAUAUAUAUGUAUACAUAUAAAAAAUAUAAUUUUUCUAUUUUUGUUUUUGAUUUUAAUUUGCAGAAAUCUUCUGCCUGGAAUCAAUUUUGAGGGUUCAGAUUUAGCUUGGGGAAAAAACAUAUUAUACAUCCUUCAGUAAAGGAGAAGGGAGUGAGAGAAAAUAUUUUUUGAAGAAGCAUUUCUGUAAAAUUAGAAAUUACUUUUUUUAAUCUAUUUAAAGUUUGGCUUGGAGAAUGCCAUCUCUGCCUACAUGGCCUUGUGUUGCAAAGCAGAUCAGUGGCUGGGUGCUUGUUGUGGUGUGAGUAUGUAUGCGAGAGUGAUUGAAGCCAAAACUGUUGUCAUGUUAGUAAAUGAUUUGAAAACUGAAUGUAA